AUGUCCAAUAUACUUGGAGACGAUCCCUGGGGCUCCUCUGGAUGGGGAGAUUCUCCUGUCCAGGGCUCCGCCUUUCUCACCUCGUCACAGCUCUUAAACCGGACUUCUUUGGAUGCUCCGAAGGAUUCCGAUGAGGUGCUGGUUCCCGAAUCAUAUCAAAAUAUCUUGGAUCAUUUUGGUGAACAAUUGAGUUCUGUCAACGAAUUGGAACAGCUGGUGAUGGAUAAGUUAGUUUCUGCCGGAACUUUUACCGAAUAUCAAAAAUCCAGGUUAAUCGAUGUGCUUUACGAGCAUAACAUGCUUCCCCCAGCCCAGUAUAUGGUGGACAUUCUUGGAUUAAUUGCACUUGAAGUAGACGCUCCAGGAACCGGAGACUAUGUCACGUUGAAAUUCAGACGAUCGCAUCUUCCAGAACUCCCUCAAAAUGUUAUAGACAUACUUUUACUGUCUAGAGAACCUAUUUCCGAUCCACUAACCGAGUCUCUUGCUGCUGCCUCUUUGGAGGACGAUCCUGUUCUUACCGACCAUUCAUCCAUACAAAAGCAGCAGGAUAAACAGGAGCCCACCAUCGACACUUCUGGUGUACGCAAAUACAUGGAGAAAUUACGGGGAGAAUUCAAGCCGUUAUACACGAGCAAAGAGUCCAUCAGCAUCAGAGAGGUGCCCGAAAAAGAAGGGCUCCUCUUCAAACAUACCAAUUAUGCCAUCACAUACAACAUGAACUUGGGAAUGCACCAGCAAUCCGGCCAAAAGAAAGUCGUUAGACGGUACAGCGACUUUGUAUGGUAA